GCCUAGUCCCUUCCGGUCAGUCCUGACUUGCGCGCCCGUUUCGAGCCUGAGUUGCUGUUUGUGCUCUGCAGGCUUAACGUUUCUCACGACUGGGUUCUUGGACCGCGGUUAUGGGGGCAGGCAUGGCACAGCUGGAGGGUUACUACUUCUCAGCUGCCCUGAGCUGCACCUUUCUGGUGUCUUGCCUGCUCUUCUCCGCCUUCAGCCGGGCGCUGCGCGAGCCCUACAUGGACGAGGUCUUCCACCUGCCGCAGGCGCAGCGCUACUGCGAGGGCCGCUUCUCCCCCGCGCAGUGGGAUCCCAUGAUUACUACCUUGCCUGGCUUAUACCUGGUGUCAGUGGGUGUGGUCAAGCCUGCCAGCUGGAUCUUUGGAUGGUCUGAACAUGUUGUAUGCUCCAUUGGAAUGCUCAGAUUCGUCAAUCUUCUCUUCAGUGUUGGCAACUUCUAUUUACUAUAUUUGCUUUUCCGGAAAGUGCAACCGAGACACAAGGUCAGCACUUUGAACCAAGCUUAUCUGGAAGAUGUUCUGCUGAUCGCAUCUUGACAUAUCAAGUUCAGCUAAGGUAUUCACUUGCAAAAGGAAAAGAUAAUCUUCUAGCUGUUGACUGGGUUUGUAUGCUGUAAGUAUUUCUCAGACGAGUCUGGGUUCUUUCACAGAAAUGAUGGCAUUAUCAGGGGUCCCAAGUGUAGGGAGAGAAGGCAAAUUUCUGCUAUAUUUGGUACUGUGCCAUUGGACAAAUCAAAACAUGUGCUCAACCUAAAGUCACCACACUGCCAAAGGUCUUGCACGAAGAAUUUAUGAUCAUUAUUAAAAUUAACAACAGACAAAUUUUGAUGCAUGGAUUCCUACUUUGCUCUCUUUUUAAAAGAGUUAGUUUGUAUUUAUAAUUGGUAUUAGACAUAAAUCGGUGGUCUAAACAGCAAGUUUUUCCUCUCAUUAAUGUAAGCAAGUUAGUACAUAUCCAUGGCAUUAGUUUCUUCCUAACAUGUACGAAUUUGUUCUCCAGCUUUCAUUGUCAGCUCAUGUACUGUUUUUUUUUUCCUCAUCAACUGGGAGAGCAGACACUUUUAGACACUUGUUUCAGACAAUGCUGAACACUGAAUCACACAAUUCUAAAUCCCACAAAUAGGAAAGAAGAAUAAUCUGAGCUGUAUGUCUUGAAAUAUGCUUCAACUGUUAUCAGAACCCUACAUUUUUUUGGGGUGUUAUAAAUGCUUCAUUACACUGACCUUCCUCAAAAGUUGUAGAUGUUACAUGUAUUUAAGUAAGCACGCCAAAUAGUGACCCUGUGGAUAUUCCUUUUAUUGAUAUCAUUAAAUCAUUAACAUGUUUUCUAGAUAUUUUGGAGUCUCCUCUUUGGAAUUAUUCUUAAAAAUUCUGAAGUUACAGACUGCAGUGAUAAAAAAAAAGAUCAUUUCUUUUUUCUGGAACCAUGGGCAAACUAUUUAUUUUUUUGGUUUCUUCCUGGCCUCCCUCAUUGUCAUCAGCUCAUCCAAUGCUGCCUUACUGUCCCUGCAGUAUCAGUGGCCCCUCAUGAAAAGUCCCAGUGGAAACUGACUGGAGCUAGAGGGGCCUGGUCAGAGCCUGACAAGCCACUGGGAGUGUUCAUUCCUUCUGCCUGCUUCAUUCAGCUGUCAUUCACUUAGUCCCUUGUCCAGUAAGCAGUACCUGCUAGUUUUAGGUAAUAGAACCCCCUCACCCCGCCACUGAAUCACAAAUGAAAUAGAACAAGGGAUUUUUUGAAAGAUCCAAGAAGCAGCUGUAAGAACAUAAGGCCUUCCUAGAAUCUUGGCUCUAGACUUGGCUCUCAAAAUAGUUUUUCUGUCAUUGUCUCUCUUUCUCCACUUGUUGGCUUUUCUCUCCUACUACAGCCAGAUUUCCUCCUUCAGUUGGGAAGAAUAGCGAGCAGGAACCCGGAGCUUACCCCAUGUCUCAGCAGUCACUCAGGGCAGAAACAUCAAGAUUGAGGUUUCUUCCACUCAUUACCUUUAAUUACUCUGGUUCCAGAACCAAAGAAGGUUAUUGUCGUCAUUAAAUACAAACCAUUUAAAUUCACUAUAUUCCAGAUACUUUUCAGAGAUUUCGUGAUUUCAAAUUUAACUCUCACAAGAAAUGUUGGAGGCAAUCAUAUAAAGUAAAUGUAAGUCUAUGUCAUACAAUUUUACCCAUGAGGAAUUGAACAAAACUUUAAAUAAGUUUUCAAAGUCACAUAGCUAGCAAGAGACAAAGUGAGGAUUCAGUACAAGGAGGAUUCAAUACAGUCCCUGCCCCAGGGUGAUGUUCAAGUGAAUCUUCCAUGGUUUAGAGUUUUGAUGCAAAAAAUGGUCAACUAUUUCCCAAAUUUCUGUGUAAUCUCCCUAGCCCCAAGUAAAUGGCAAUUCAUAUUAUAAAACAAAUCUGCAUAGCCAGCAAUGCUCCUCUGUGAAAAUAUUGUGAAUCUGAAAUACACUUAUAGAAAUUUUUCUCUUUUUUUUUCUUUUUACUGUUUUUAUGUUUAACAAUGUGUAAUUCAGAACAAUAGAUGGGUCACAAUCUCAGUUUUAUGUAGAGAGGUGAAUAAUGAAAAGGAUUGCAUGUAGUUUUUGCUGGAAAGCAAAUGAUCAUGUUAAACAAUGACCUAUCCCCAAAAAAUCUUACAUGGAAUUCAUUCCACGAUCACUGUGAUUAGCCCUGUUUGAAUAUUGGACUAUUAUUAUGUGAGCAUCAGUCAUCAACUUUACCAAGGUAAUUUAUUUUACUGUGAUUUUUUGAAGAAACACCAUAAGCAUUUUGUCUAACUAGAUAUUAAAUAAAGCAUUUCGUGAAAUGACACAGUAAUUUAUAAACUAAAGUUCAAGACAAACAGAAACUUUGAAAGACAAAUUUAACUGGAGAAUAAAACUAAUUCCAUAUCUUCUGAGGUGUGUUGGCAUGGAGCAAGCUAGAUUUCCAUAGAAAUUAGGGUUCACUUUUCUGUUGACUCCUUUUUGUCUUUCAUUCCUUGUUAGCAGGUGUUCAGCUUCUAUACUUUAUCUGAGCUACACAGAACAUCUUCACUCUUAUCCCAUACAUUCUUGUUUCAUCAUUGACUACUCCAGAGAGAGGUGCUGAGGGUUGAUGACACAAAGCUGUUUUGUCAAGUCCAGGAGCCAUUACUGUUUCCUGACCUGGGCUUUAACAAAAGGUAAAAGAAUCACCCUGUUAAAACUAGUUAUCAUUGUAAGGUACUAUAAACAAAGAUAAAGAAUCAAAUGUUGACCAUUCUGGGGUAAACGUUUGGCUAAACACAUUACUUAUCUGUAACCUCAUGAGACUUAAUCAUCUAAUUUUAUAUAGAGAUAGUAGUUGAAAUGCCAGACGGGAUCAUGUGCAGAAGAGUAUGUUGGCAGAAUAAAAUAGCCACAUACAUUGUUUUAUGCAAGUCAAAAUUAAUUAUAAAUAACAAAGAAUGUUUUAAGGAAUGAAUCUAAUUUUUAAAAUUUUUUCCAUAUUAAUUAUUGAUCACUUACAUUAUUUAAACCAUGUUAAACUUUGAACAUUCUCUCAAUAAGAGAAAGAAAGUAUUUACUUAAUAGUAUCUAUAGGCAGGCACACCAUCCAUUCAUUCAACAAGUUAAUUUUCCAGGGCUGGGAAACAGCAAUGAACUAAAUUGGUUUCAGAGAGGAUACAUUAUAGUGAAAGCGUAUAUUACAAUUAAGGAAACAAGAUAAUUUCAGAUAGUAGGUUAUUAUUGUGAAGAAAUAAAGAUGGGUCAGGAAAGGAACCUGGUAGACAAAGUAAAGGCAUCCCUUAAAAUAUUUCAUUGAGUAUAGUUUUAGAAUAGAACUUUGAUAAACAGUAUUGAACUAUGUUCCUUAAAGGGAUUGAGAGAUUAUUUAGUAUAUUGUUUGGGACUUCUAGCAGUAUAAUCUGUUCUGCCAAAAAGUUACAUAGAGGGCUACAAAAUACUAAAAUCUCAAAAUUGCCUGAGAAUUGUCUCUAGUAUUUAAUACCUGACUUUGUGUUUGAAAGAAAUGGAACUAACCCUCUUUUAUCUCCUCUUUUGUUGUAAUGAGAAAAGUAUCCUUGAAAUCUUUUCGUUGAUUUUUUUAAACAUCAUUUUCUGAGGCAACGGCUUAUAUAUGUUUUAUAAGACAUUGAAUUAUUUGAUUAGUGAAAGUCUCUGAAGUCUGGUAAUUCUAAAGGGAAAGGAAUCAAAGAUGAAAUUCAAACUUAGCUAAAUCUACUACUUUCAAUAAAUUUUCUUCUGUGGUUAUUUCUGGUUUAUUGACUAACAGAGAACGUUGCCACAAAAAUAACGAAAGUAUGUAUACUUUCCAUUAAACCUGUGGAUAGUUUUGUGAAAGUAAACCUAUGAUUAUCUAAGCCAAUGCUGGAGUUUAGUGUUUAAUCACAUCUGUUCUCAUCUCUGAAGUUUGUGGUAGCAACAGUAAGCUAUAUUUACUAAGCAUGUAAUGUUACUGAGCUGGAAAGAUAAAUACUGCCCCGUAGUAUUCAUUUAAUUUUUUCAUAGUCUUUGUAACAUUGUAGUUGAAUUUAUUAUUGUAUGGUUUCAUUAAGAAGUGAGAGGGUUAGAUUUUGUAGGUUUUAUAGUAUUGUAAAGUUUAGCCUUUUCCCAAAGAGGAUAAUAAACUAUUGGAAAGUUUUGAGCAAGUGUACCAUGUUAGUAACAGAGCAGAUGUGGCUGUUUUUUGAGUAGGGACUGAAAGGUGGAGGUCCGGAAGUACAGGUAAUGAGGUAGGGGACCAAGUGUUAGUUUGAGUCAGAGAUAAUAAGGAUGCUUCUAUCUGGGGUGAUACAGUGUGCCCAAUACUAGGCAUUAGAGUGGCGUGAACUCGGCAUUUUAAAUUACUAUACCCUCAGCAUAGCACAGAAUCAUUGGGAGUAUGCAGGAGCUGUGUGAUGCUAGUGGAUGUAUAGAUGGACUUUAGUUUUCUACAGUUUCUGUCUGUCUUCAUCUGUUUAUUACUGACUUUUAACAUCUAAGGCAAUUUCCUUAUCCUCUUUUUUUUAAAAAAUAAAGUAAAAAAGAAACAAAAGCAAAGCUUCUAAGAUUCUUCUUAAAUUCAAUUGAAUCCAACAAAUAUACUUUAAAGUAGUUUUUAGUAAUGACAUCUUUGGGAUAUUAAAGCCAUCAAAUGCCAGCACAAAGCUCCAAGAUUGUUGCUUAGGGUCAGUACUGUGCCAGAGCACCACAGUUUACUUUAAAAUUUAAAUUGCUAUAUAAGAUUUAAUUUCCUCCUGAGAAGGACAAUAACCUCUUCAAUGAGUCAGACUUAUAAAUGGGACCGUGUGACCUUAACAUUACAAAGUACCUAACUGGCAAGUGCUAUUAGAAAAGCUUGGAGACAAGAAGUACAAGAGUGUGUUUAGCAUGCAAAAUUUUAAUGUGAAGAAAAGAAAUAAGAUAAAAAGUUGUUAUUGCUUUGUGUGUGUAAAAAAUAGAAUCAAAUAGUAACAGUGGUGUAGGUUUCAGAAGAUGAAUUGGAUAGACAGAACUAGCCUUUCCUUUUUCUGCAAUGUGAUCUGUCUUCAAUUUCUGUGUUGGCUCCAAUUUUUCCAUCAGAUCCUUCCUGGUCCCAGGGAUCACCUCCUUCCUUUUCUUCUCCAAGAAGUUAUUUUCCACUGUCUGGAUUUCAAAUUUUGGAGAGUCUAAUUUGUUGCUGCUUACUGCUCUACCAUCUUCCCAGAAGAUGAGCAAGCUUUUCUAUAGUUUUUUAAUCAUUUGAUGAUUAUGAAAUUAUUGCAUAUUUAAUGAGUGAAUGAAUUAAAAAAUGAGUAUAUAAAGGUAACACCUUUGAAAACGUUGGUGGUGGGGGAAUGGUCAGGGGAAGUAGAACUCAGGGCAAUGUGAAAUAAAACUUCAAGUGUUCAUUUUCUCAGUCCUGUAAAAUUGUAUGUAGAGCUGACAAGGUCCAGAUGAACUGCAAAUAUGUAAACAUUUUAUGUAAAUAAUAACUAAUCAUGUUGAGCAAGCAAGCACAGUCUGGGAAUGUACGCCAUGUGCAUGCCGCCUCAGGACCAGGAACAGCCAAACUCAAGCCUCUCCCCCGGAGUCCACCAUUCGCAGACCAGAAGGAGAGAGAAGAAGGCCACACCAGCAAACAAGCCCAGUCUGGGAACCAGCACCAUGUGCAGGCCACUAGCAGACUGGAUCAGCAAGACCCUAGCCCCUUCUGGUACACAGGCUGACAAAAAUAAGUACCAGUCAUCCCCCUACCUCCCCAUCUAAGUGACUAGCUUAUCCAGAGAAACACAGGCUGUGGUGAUAGCUAUUGAGGUGACAUGCAAUUAGAUGCCUGUGGUGCUUUGGUGUUUCACUAACAUUGCAGGUCUAAGGCCAGUGGUCUGAUCAUAGGCUCAGAGGUUAGUGGUACACAGUGUGGCAUCUAGGGGGGAUCUCCUUCUGAGGGUUGUAGCCAUUGCUGAUUCCCUGAGGUCUUGUUUUGAAGUUCUGUAGCAUUUCCAUUGUUUUGUUGUGUUGGAUUUUAUUCUUUUUUGUUUUGUUUGAUUAUGUUAAAUCUGAUGGCGGGAGUAGCUAUUUCAAAGAUAGCAAGAUAUAUUAUGGUAGCAAUUUUGGAUUUACUAUUGACUUGUUUUGAAGUCCUUUAUUGAAUUCAUUGUUUUGUUUUUAUUGUUUCUAGUUCAUUCGGUUCUGUUUGAUUUUUAUGAUGUCCAAAAUUAUCUGCAGCUAUUUUGAAGACAUCAAAAGGCAUUAUGGUAACUAUUGUUGAUUUUGUAAUGCUUUGAAGUCCUGUAUCUCUUACACUGGUUUAUUUUGAUUAGUUUUAUUCUGUUUUAUCCUCUUUAAAAUAAAAUUUAAAAAUAAUGAAUCAUGUUACCUUUUUUCCCUUAACAAAUAACUUAUAGUUCACAAGGCUGCCAAUCUUCAAAGGACUGGACAGGCCUGGUGAAGAAAACCAGUCUUCUGGGAGUUCUUUGAUCCUACCAGGGGCUAAGAGAAGUAAAAUUAUGCCAUAAAAAUAUUUUCCUAUUUUAUUUCUGGUUAGAAGAAGAAACUACAAGGUUCUGAAGUUUUGCAGCCUUGCUGUCUUGGCUAUCUUGCUGCAAAACAAUCCGGGCCACGGAUUGGUUCACCUCUCAGUAACGGUUGGUAUAUGAAGUCACAGGUCUUACAGGCUUAGCCUGAGGCGGCAGCCAGGCAUGCUACGCUUGCACACAAAAUCACCCACUUGUCAACAGGAGCUGCAAAAUCCACUUCUGUUCUCCCUGGCAGCUCACCAAUCAGAUAACACCUUGCCCUUAUGUCCAAUUUCAUAUUUUUCAAAAAGUUUCUACCUACGUUAUUGUAUCUUAGGAUUUACUCUGGCUCAAACGUGGAAGAGAGCCCAGAUGUUAUGACCCACAUGUAACAGAUGGGUAAACUCAUUGCAAAAGAUAAAGCGACCACUUAGCCUAAAAUCAAAUGGUUCUUCACCAGCAAAGCUGAAAUUAAUAUUAAACUCUCCUGACACCUAACCCAGUAAUUUCCACCACCUUUGCAUGGCACCCUCACUUGUUUCCCUGGGUCUAUUCCAUCUUUUGAGCUUAUUCCUUUUGUUCUUUUCAACACAUCCAUAUAUGUUUUUGCCUUUAUGUAUUAAAGGUGAUUUUAACCAAAAGUUAAUAUUUAGUUCAUAAAAGUGUAAUAUAAUUUAGAUAAACAUUUUAAUAAUUCCUUAGUUUCACCAAAAAAUGCCUGAAAUUUGAUUUUUUUUGUGUGUCUUUUUGCCACCAAACUAUUGUAGCUUUAGUUUUCCUGUGUCAAACACAAAAUAAGCUUAAAUAAAAAUGCUAACUAGAGUUGUUUUCUUUGCUAGUAUAGUAAUUUCUUCUUGAAUUAUUUCCUAGAAGACUUGCCAUUAGUUGGGCUAUCCUAAGCAAAUGCCCCCUUCGGCACACAGUAAUAAAGGCUCUGUCAAAAUUCAGACAAGAAAGUAAUUCUAAAAGUCAUAGCUAGAUAUUAACCAUGUCAAAUUCUCUAAUUUUGUAGUGCAAAAAAAUUACACUUAUAUCUGAUGCCUAGUAAAAGGGAAAGAGUUAUAUCCAGGCCAAUUUCCAACCCAGUGAGGUUGGAAUACAUUGAGACAUUGUAUCGUAGAAUUCAGUGAUUGCUUUGCUUAGAACAGAUACAGGCUGCUAUGUUGACACAGCAUAGCUCCUGGAAUGGUGUCACUUCACAGGGUGAGCAUUCUCAAAGGAUUUUGAUUCUCAUCUGCCUGCUUUCCUCACUGAACCUUCAUGGCAAUGCCACAGCAUUGCUUUGGUGUCAUAGAACCGAAAGGCACAUACACUGGUGAGUCAUGAAAAGUGUUACCUUCAGGAUCAGUCUCUAAAUUGGAAACGACAUAUUAUCUUCCUUUUCUGAUCAUCCCAAUCUGUGUUUCUAAUAGCAUUAUUGCUAUAAUGCUGUGUGAUUUCUUACUUGUGAAAAUGCUAUCGUAGGAGUUGAAUUCUGUGAUAUUUCCUGUGUUCUUUUUCAGACAAGGGAGAAAAUUGUAGCUCUAAUUUCCUGGUAACUUACAUGAAUUCAAUGAAAUAUUCUUUCUAAUUAAAAAUUCAUGUAAGAACUUUUUAAAAAAUAGAAGAGCUACCAGAAAUAUAGCUCAGUGGCACAGCGCCUGGCAAGUUUAAGGUGUGAGUUCAAUUCCCAGAAGCAGAAGAGGAAAGGGAAGAGGAACGGCAAGGGGAAGGGGAAAUGGAAGGGGCAGAGUUGGGGAUGCAGCACAGGGUUAAAAUGUUUGCUUAGUAUGUGCAAGGUUCUGGGCUCAAACCCGGCCAUUGAAAAUGAAAUCUUCAAUAAAUCUAGAAAGACCUCAUUCUAUCAUUAACUAUUUUGACUGUAAA